AUGCACUAUUCGAAAAGUGAUCAAUUGGCAGCAGAACAAAGUCAAGCUCGUGUACGUGAGAAUCUAAACAAAAAUAUUCGUGCUUGCGCUCCUCCUGUUCUUCCUGAUUUCCUCCCAUUUUUCGAACAAAUACCAAUGCUUUUGAAAUCUGGUAUCCUGAUUCAUGUCUUUCGUAUUGUGAUAGACCGAACUACUCGUAGAAGUCGUUUUUCAAGCGAUCGUCUUUUCCAUAAGGUUCUUUAUCUAAUUGGAAUUGCAUUAAAUGAAGAAGAAAAAUGUUCAUCAUUCGGAUUUACCCAGAAAGCUGAAGAAAGCGUUGGUCUAUUAGCGUUACUGGAAGGUCUUAUCGGAAAACCUGAAUCAUCUAUUUGUCCGAUUCUACUCGAAGUAAUUGUUGAAAAGUAUAGGAAGCUGUUGAAAUUUAACAUAGGACCAUCCGAACCGACUCUAGCUGUUGACUAA